AUGAAAAGUUCUAAGGCGGUAAGUACUCCUCUUGCUACUCAUUUCAAGUUGGGUUCUAAUCAAAGUACUUCAAGUGAAGAGGAAGCGUUUGAUAUGAAAUGUGUUCCUUAUGUGUUUGUUGUGGACAGUUUGAUGUAUGUAAUGAUGUAUACAAUACCAGAUAUAUCACAUGAUGCUGGUACAGUUAGUAUGUUUUUGUCAAAUCCAGGUAGAGAGCAUUGGAAUGCUGUAAAAUGGAUAUAUGAUAUGGCUAGAGACAUUGAUUAUAUAAAGUCCACUUCAAGCUACAUGAUUAAAUUUGCAGGGGAAGUUGUGGCUUGGCAGUCCAAAUUGCAAAAGUUUGUAGCACUGUCUACUACAGAGACUAAGUUCAUUGCAAUUAAUGAAGAAUACAAAUAUCAAAGCGCUACUCAUCUUGGUAAGAAUUUGACUUUUCAUAAUAGGUUCAAACACAUUGAUGUGAGAUAUCAUUGGUUACAUGAUAUUUUGGAUGCUAAGUUGUUGGAGUUAGCUAAAGUUCAUACAGAUGACAAUGGUUCUGAUAUGAUGACUAAAGCAUUACCAAGAAGGAAAUUUCAAGCUUGUUGUGAUAUUGCCGGUUUGCACCUUGAUGUUUCUAAUAACCUUUUGUACUCUAUCCCAGAUGGGUUUAUUUCCGCUUGUGGAAAAAUUGAGAGUUUAAAGCUUUUGAAUUUUAGUAGAAAUGUGUUGAAUGGUGUUUUGCCUGCUCUUCAUGGUUUUGGUGGAUUGGAAUCACUUGACAUGUCUUUCAAUAACUUGAAAGGAAGCAUUGGUUUGCAGUUAGAUGGAAUGGUUAGUCUCAAGUCUCUUGAUCUCAGUAACAAUACUUUCAUUGGGAAAAUUCCAAUUAAACUUGGAAGGUCUAUGAUUUUGGAGCAGCUUGUGCUUUCAAACAAUCGUUUCCAAGGAACAAUCCCUGAACAAAUUUUGAGCUAUAAAAAUUUGACUGUGAUUGAUUUUAAGGAAAAUGAUCUUUCUGAGUUUAUUCCAUCAAAUAUUGACAUUCUUUCCAAAUUGGAAUUUUUGAGUCUUUCCUCUAAUAAACUAGUUGGCAAAAUCCCAAUGACAAUUAUGAACAUCACAUCUUUUGGAAGAUUUGCAGCUAAUCAAAAUCAAUUUACCGAUCCAGUUCCUUUUGGAAUUACAAAAUAUCUCAAUUCGUUGGAUCUUAGUUAUAAUCAUUUAUCCGAGUCCAUUCUCGAAGGCCUUUUAUCUCCACCGCAGCUAGUGCUUGUAGAUUUGUCCUAUAACAGGUUGAAAGGGCCUGUACCUUUGACAGGUUUGAUACCUCCUGAAUCAGGUUCUUUUAAGAAAUUGGCCUUGUUGAAUUUGGCUGAGAAUCAAUUGACUGGUGCAUUGCCACCAGAACUUGGAAAUCUUAUCAGUCUUCAAGUCUUGAAGCUUCAAAUGGACAAGCUUAAUGGUAUUAUUCCUAUUCAAAUUUCACAAUUGCAAAAGUUGUCUACCUUGAAUUUGAGCCAGAAUUCUCUGGAUGGACCGAUUCCGUCUGAGAUGACAACAAACCUUACAUUACUUUACUUGCAAGGGAACAAACUUAACGGGUCUAUACCUCCGUCCAUUGGAAACUUGAGACAAGUUUUAGAACUCCAGCUUGGAGAAAAACAGCUAAGUGGUGAUAUUCCAAAAAUGCCUUGGAGUUUGCAGAUUGCAUUGAAUCUAAGCAGCAAUCACUUUAGUGGAAAUAUUCCUUCAAGUUUCGGCGAUUUGGUUAACCUGGAAGUUUUGGAUCUCUCAAAUAACAAUUUCUCUGGUGAAAUUCAUGUGUCUCUGACCAAAAUGGCAGCAUUGACACAGUUGCAACUUUCAAAUAAUCGUCUAUCAGGAGACCUUCCAUCAUUUGGUUCAUACGUUAAUGUUGAUACAAGAGGAACCGAUGUCAAGAAGAAUAGUGAUAUCCCAGUCAAUAAUUUUCCAAGUGCAGAAAAGAGUGGGAAAUCUGUUGUCGUUGCUGUUCUUAUUGCGAUUGCUGCUGCUAUUUUUGUGGUUGGUGUGGUCACCCUGCUGGUUGUAUUGCUUUCACGACACUAUUUUAGGGGUAACAAUGAGCGUGUACAGGCAAGUGAAGGUGAAAAUUUUGACCUUAAGAUCAUCCAGAGUAAUUUGUUAACUUCAAACGGAAUCCGUAGAUCGAACAUUGACUUCUCCAAGACCAUGGAAGCUGCUGCAACACAAACACACAGAGAUCAGUUUACAUCAAAAACAUAUCCUAUUUCGUCUUAG